GAGACAAUGUCGAAAAAGUCAGAGUUGUUACCAUCAACGUUACCAAUUCCGUAUUGUUGUUUAUAAUCUCCCUUGAUUUUGGUUAUAUAUUAAAACAAAACUAAAAUAUCAACUUGAUUAGGAUUUCCGGUUUAAUCUAUCUUAAUUUAGUUCCGGUUUAAUCAUCAAAAACCCCUUUUGGACUGGAUCAAAGACUAAAACAUUUCGAGCUUUUUUUAGCUCGUAGCAGCUUCUUCUUCUUCUUCUUCUUCUUCUUCUUCCUCCUCCUCUCAAAAAAAACCUAAUAAUAUUUCUCCGAUGGGUGGAAACAAGCAGAGAUGGUUCUCUUUCCACCAAAGAUCCUCUUCAGCCACAGCUACAACUUUACCACAACACAAACACGACGAGACUCCACCGGAGUUUCUUUGUCCCAUCACCGGGUUCCUCAUGUCUGACCCCGUCGUCGUCUCCUCAGGUCAAACCUUCGAGCGUCUCUCCGUUCAAGUCUGUCGUAACUUAGGAUACAUACCGGAUCUUUUAGACGGUACCCGACCCGAUUUCUCCACCGUCAUCCCCAAUCUCGCCAUGAAAUCCACCAUUUUCAGCUGGUGUGACCGGAAAAAAAUCGACCACCCUCGUCCUCCUGAUUCCGCUUACGUCGAAGGCGUGGUUCGUGCCCGAAUCGAUAAAGAUCCGAACCCGAGUCCGAGUCCGAAAGCGUCGGAGCCUGAGACUCUCCCUCCUGUUGAAGAGAAUUCACCAUCGGAUUCGGAUUACGACGCUGUGAUGGAAGCGAUUAGAGCUCGAUCCAAGAGCUCAAUGUCACCGACGACGUCUCUCGAGUCGGUUACGAUUGGUCAGAGUCCGUACCACCCGGUUCGUGCCGUCAGUAUGUACUCCUUUUCUUCAACUACUUCUUCUUCCUCUGGUGUCUUCGCUGGAGCUGACAGUCCAUUUCGUAACGCUAUCUCUUUCUCUUCCUCCGAUCACUCUUCCUCUCCGAUGUCGCCGGAAGAGGAAGAGAUCUUCAACAAAUUGAGAGGUGUCGACAUUUUCGACCACGAGCAAGGUUUGAUUCUUCUUAGGAAGAUGACGAGAUCUAGCGAGGAUCUUAGGGUUUCGCUUUGUACAGAUCGGAUUCUCUCGUUUCUCCGGUCACUGCUUGUUUCGCGGUACAAUCUCGUACAGACUAACGCCGCAGCGUCUUUGGUUAAUCUCUCGCUUGAGAAACAGAACAAAGUGAAGAUCGUACGGUCAGGAUUUGUUCCUUUGUUGAUCGAUGUUUUGAAAUCGGGAACGACGGAGGCGCAGGAACAUGUUGCCGGAGCUUUGUUUAGUUUGGCGCUUGAAGAUGAGAAUAAGAUGGUGAUCGGAGUUCUCGGUGCGGUUGAGCCGCUUCUUCACGCGCUUCGUUCUUCUGAGAGCGAGAGAACUCGUCAAGAUGCAGCGCUUGCGCUUUAUCAUUUGUCGUUGAUUCCGAGCAAUAGAACCAGGCUGGUUAGAGCUGGUGCGGUGCCGACUCUGCUUUCGAUGGUUAGAUCCGGCGAUUCGACUAGCCGGAUUUUGUUAGUUCUGUGUAACCUUGCUGCUUGUCCAGACGGAAAAGGCGCGAUGUUGGAUGGUAACGCGGUGGCUAUUUUGGUAGGGAGGCUCAGAGAAGUCGGAGGUGGUGAUUCCGAGGCGGCGCGUGAGAAUUGUGUGGCGGUUCUGUUGACGUUGUGUCAAGGGAAUUUGAGGUUUAGGGGAUUGGCGAGCGAGGCGGGAGCAGAGGAAGUGUUGAUGGAAGUGGAAGAGAACGGGAACGGACGUGUGAAGGAGAAGGCGGCGAAGAUUUUGCAGGCGAUGAGAGGAGGAGGUGACGGGAGAGAGAGUGAGUUUGGGGAAAAUGCGGAGGCGCGUGAGUGGAACCGUAUGCUUGAAGCGACUGCGUUAAGUCGGAAUCAGUUUCAAGGAGGGCAAAGUGGGGGUUUUGCUUGCUCCUCCCAGUUCUAGCUUCUUCUUUUUGUUAUUUAAUCCUUUUUUUUUUUGGGUAUCUCUUUGGUACUUUACCUUUUUUGGUAAAAUGUUAUCAUAUUUUGCCUUUUUUGUUUGAUAUAAUUUUAAUAUGGGUGUAAAUUAUUAAUUUUGUGUGAAUUGUAAUUUUUGAUUAUUUGUUUUUUUUUUUCUUUUCCAAUCAAAUGACAAAAGUGAAAUGUCCAUUUGUGUUUGUAAAGAAAUGUCUAAUGUUUUUUAUCCGA